AUGGGGCCUCAGGCCCUGCGAUGGCCUCCCCUGCUGCUGGCGCUGCUCACAGUGCUGCUUGGCCAUUCCCCGGGAGCCACAGCCCAGACUCAGGUCUGCUCUGUGGACAAGACCUUCCUCCAAGUGCAGGAGAACGCAAAUAUCACGGAAGCCCUGGUGAACAUCUCCGUCCCAGAAGGCCAGCAGGUGACCCUCGGAUCCUCGUCCACCCCGUCCGCAUUUCGGAUCCUAGGAAACCAGCUCUUUCUCAGCGUGAUUCCUGAUUAUGAGGAGAAUACGAUGCUAGAGGCACACCUGGAGUGCAAGAGGGGGGACACCGUGGUGACGCAGCUGAGGGUGUUUGUGGUGGUGCUGGAUAUCAACGACAACGCCCCAGAGUUCCCCUUCACCACCAAGGAGCAGGACGUGCAGGAGGACACCAAAGUGAACUCUACGGUCAUCCCUGAGGCAGAACUACAGGCCACGGACCGUGACAAGGACAGCACCUUGUUCUACACGCUACAGGAAGUGACCCCGGGCGCUGGCAGCUUCUUCUCCCUUUUGGGGGUGAACCGCCCUGCCCUGAGGCUGGACCGGGCCCUGGACUUCUACAAGUGGCAGAACAUGACCUUCCGGCUGCUGGUGCGGGACACGAGGGAGGAGCACCAGGAGCCCAGCCACACAGCCACGGCCACCCUGGUCCUGAAGGUGCUGCCGGCUGACCUGCGGCCACCCUGGUUCUUGCCCUGCUCCUACUCAGAUGGCUCCGUGUGCAUCCAGGCUCAGUACCAGGGGGCCAUCCCCACAGGACACACACUGCUGUCCCCCCUCAUCCUGCGUCCGGGGCCCAUCUAUGCGGUGGACGGAGACCGAGGCAUCAACGAGCGGGUCAUCUACAGCAUUAUAGGGGGAAACAAGGACAACACAUUUGCCAUCGACCCAGACUCUGGCAACCUCACCAUGACCAAGAGUGUCCCCAGCCCCACGACAUUCCUGCUACUGGUCAAGGGUGAACAGGCUGAUGGGGCCCGUUACUCGGUGACCCAGGUCACUGUGGAGGCCCGCCAGGCCAACGGGAGCCAGCCCCACUUCUCCCAGAGCCUGUACCGAGGCACCGUGGCCCCUGGCUCUGGGUCUGGUGUGGCUGUCCAGGAUGCCGCCUCCCCCUCUCAGCCUCUGAGGAUCUGGGCUCAGGACCCUGAGUUCCCGGACUUGAACUCGGCCAUUACCUAUCAAAUCACCAACUGCUCCGAGUUCCGGAUGGCUGGAGAGAUGGUGCUGACUGCCACGGCAAUAGAGCAAGCAGGGGUCUUCUACGCAGAGGUGGAGGCCAAGAACACUGUGACUGCGGGUGUAGCCACCACGGUGGUUGAGAUUCGUGUUUCAGAGCCAGAGCCCCCCUCCACAGAGCCCCCCACAUCCCCAGAGACUGGAAGAACAACUGGGCCCUGGAGCAGCACCACUUCGGAAGCCCCCAGGCCCCCUGGGACCUCUCAGGGACCCUCAACAACCAGCUCUGAGGGUGGCAGUGGCCCUCAUCCACCCCUAGGCACAACUCUGAGGCCACCUACCUCACCCACACCCGGGGGACCCCCCAGCCUGGGAGUGGGCACCUCAACCCGACCAGCCACGCCCGGUGGGGGCUCAGCACAGACCCAGAAGCCUGGGACCUCUGGGCCCACGGCUCCCGGUACAGGAGCAGGUACCUCCCCUCAACCAGCCACGCCCGGUGGGGGCUCAGCACAGACCUCAAAACCAACGACCACCCCCGAUGUGGGAGCAGGCCCUUCACGACCCGCCACGCCCGGUGGGGGCUCAGCACAGACCCAGAAGCCUGGGACCUCUCGGCCCACGGUCCCUGGGCCCAGCAGGAGCCCCCCACCCUCAGGUAGUCCCCACCCCACUUGUCCUAGCUCAGAACCUGGGUGGUCCAGGGUCGCCUCUAGGACAGAGUCCCAGCCAGGGGUCUGUCUGGGGACAGCAGAUGACCAGCACUUCUCCAUAGUGGACAUGGCAGUGCUGGGAGGGGUGCUGGGUGCACUGCUGUUGCUGGCCCUCCUGGGCCUGGCCAUCCUCAUUCACAAACACUAUGGUCACCAACUGAAUUGCUGCUCUGGCAAAGCUGCGGAGCCCCAGCCGCAGGGCUUUGACAAUCAGGCCUUUCUGGGGGACCAGGAGGCCAACUGGGCACCUGCCCCUAGCCCCGGUUCGGGGCCCAAGUCUGUGGAGGUGCCACCGGAGCCGCCCAGCCCCGGGUCCCCUGCCCCUGAGCCUCCCAGCACCGAGUCCCGAGACCCAGGUCCCCUCGCCAGUGCCCCUGAGUCCCCGGUGGCCGCCAGGGCUGUGGACAGCCCCUCAGCAGUGAGAUCCAUCCUGACCAAGGAGCGGCGCCCCGAGGGCGGCUACAAGGCCGUGUGGUUCGGCGAGGACAUUGGGGCUGAGGCCGACGUGGUGGUCCUUAACGCACCCACCGCGGACGCGGACGCGGAGGGCGCGGGCGACUCUGGCAGCGAGGACAGCGGCGGCGAAGAGGACGCUGGCCAGGGCUGGGGUCCCCGCGGCGCGCCCGCGCCCCCAGACGACUCCACCUACAUCUAGCUAGACCUCUCUGCUCGCCCGCA